UAUUCUCCACUGGUAAAUCUACAAUAAGGCUCGUGUGGCUGCAGCAGGGUUUAAGCCGGGCAGGGGAAGAAAAUGGGUGCGCGCUGCAACUUCUGGCUUCCCAAAAAGAAGAGAUUUUGCGCAAACACCCCUCUCGGUGAUUCACAGUUUUGCGGAAACCAUACUCAAAGAUCUGAUGGACAAUGGAUUCCUUGCCCUAUCCACCCUUCUCACUCUGUGCUGGAAGAGAAUCUCCAAAGUCACCUUAAGAGGUGUCCCUUUUUCAAACAAGCUCAAUCUUUAUCGCUUCAGCCUUUUUACAAAGAGGGCAUCAAUACUGGAAAAGAAGAAGAAGGGGAACAGAACUUUAGUUCAGAGAUGAAGAGAAAUGCUGUUCAUGCAAUGACCCUUAUUCAGUUCUCCCAAUUGAUCAACAAAAUCAAGUCUGUUCAUGCUUCAAUAUGUAACGACAUUCGUGAUUCUUUCAAGAUUCCACAAGCUUGUGACAUUUGGACUAAUCGACAAGUCGACCGGGGUUUACCAUUUCAAGAAAAACAUGUAAUGCAGCAAGCCUCAAUUCUGGGGAAUCUAGAAGAAUUAGGUGUUCUGAAAAGUUGUGGGGAUGAUGAUGAUGAUGAUGUUCCUGCAGUUGUUGAAUUUGGAGCAGGAAGAGGGUACUUGACGCAAGUUCUGGCGGAUUGUUACAGGAUUAAGAAGAUUUUAUUGGUUGAACGAAAAUCAUACAAGCUCAAGGCUGAUCGGAGUCUACGACAGAAAGAGAGUGUUACGCUAGAGCGGUUGAGAAUAGACAUUGAGGACCUAAAAUUGAAUGCUGUUGAGAGUUUACAAGGAGUUCCUUAUCUAGCAACUGGCAAACAUCUUUGUGGACCUGCUACAGAUAUGACUUUAAGAUGUUGCAUCAGCAAACAAUGCGAUCAACAUAAUGAUGCUCCUUCUGAAUUGAGUUGCCACCUGAUUGGCCUAGCUAUAGCUACUUGCUGCCAUCAUCUUUGUCAGUGGAAGCAUUACAUAAAUAAGCGAUACAUGUUGGAUUUGGGAAUCGGUAAGGAUGAUUUCAAUGCCAUAACAUGGUUUACCAGCUGGGCCGUUGAUGCUGAUCAUGGUUCAAAUCUUGGUGGCACUGAUUGGUCUUUUGAUCUACAGAUCAGGGAAAACGAGCAUGUAGAAUCAGGUCUAAAUACAUAUGAUGAAGUCAAAGACAUGGUGAAGAAUAUGAAGGCUGUGGAUAGAGCCGUUGUAGGAUUGAUGUGCAAGGAUAUAGUAGAUGUUGGGAGGUUUAUGUGGCUCAAGGAACAUGGACUUGAAUGUGAGCUUGUCAAGUAUGUCCCGUCAAAUAUCUCUCCAGAAAACCGUCUGUUGGUUGCUAAGCAGAAAAGUUGAGUGUUAACGCGCUGCUGCACACCAUAUCCUCAGAUACUUAGGUUUCUCAGUCCUGUAACUCUAAUCCACAAUUUGAUUAUGUGUUCUGGAUAUUAGCUCCUUUCAGUAGAUGUGUCUUAGAGGCUCAUAUUGUUUUGAUAUUUUGUCCCAGUUUAGGCAAAAGAAAAAACAUGCAAUUCUUUUGUUGUUUAGAUGGAGGACCAAAGCCAGUACUCCUGAAAUCGUGCCCUAGUGCUAACGGACAAGGCUAAAUGUGAGUGUCCAAUUCAUAA